CGCGGAAACGAAACUAGAGAAAAUGGCAGCGAUGAGCGCCGUGAUGCUGUUGCGGAUUCUGGUCUCUGUUUACUUCGCCUUCUCUUCUGCUGAUAAGCAAGCAAAACCUGGACAGACCGUCAUUCUGCCGUGUAAAACUGCUGACAGCCAACCUGCUCUAGCUGUGGAGUGGAGGAGAUCUGAUCUGGAGUCAGAAUAUGUUCUUCUGUUCAGAGAUGAUCGGACAGAUGCAGGAAACCAGCAUCCAUCCUAUAAGAACCGGACAGAUCUUCAAGACAGACAGAUGAAGAAUGGAGACGUGUCUUUGGUUCUGAAGAACGUGACGACUAAUGAUACUGGAACAUAUGAAUGUAAAGUCCAGAAUGAAGAAAGUCGUAGAAUAAAACUUAUCGUCCAGGUAGAUGUUCCUCCUUCCCCAG